AUGGGGCGCUUCAGCGUGUGGGACUACGUGGUCUUCGCGGCCAUGCUGCUGGUGUCGGCUGCCAUCGGCAUCUACUACGCGUUUGCGGGAGGGGGGCAGAAGACGUCCAAGGACUUUCUCAUGGGGGGCCGCAGCAUGAGCGCCCUCCCCGUCGCGCUGUCCCUCACCGCCAGCUUCAUGUCGGCUGUCACGGUGCUGGGCACCCCCGCCGAGAUCUACCGCUACGGGGCUAUCUUCUGCAUCUUCGCCAUCACCUACGCGCUGGUGGUGCUGUGCAGUGCUGAGAUCUUCCUGCCCGUCUUCUACAGGCUGGGCAUUACCAGCACCUACGAGUAUUUAGAGCUUCGAUUUAAUAAAUACCUGCGGCUCUGUGGAACGGUCCUCUUCGUUAUACAAACGAUUUUAUAUACUGGCAUUGUCAUUUACGCUCCAGCGUUAGCACUAAAUCAAGUCACAGGCUUCGACUUGUGGGGUGCCGUGGUGGCAACUGGCGUGGUCUGCACUUUCUACUGCACAUUGGGAGGUCUGAAGGCAGUGGUGUGGACAGACGUUUUCCAGGUUGGAAUUAUGGUCGCUGGAUUCUCGUCUGUGAUUAUACGAGCUGUGGUGGUACAGGAAGGAAUUGGACGCAUUGUAAAUGAUUCCUACCAUGGAGGAAGACUGAACUUUUGGGACUUUAAUCCUAAUCCUUUGCAAAGGCAUACCUUCUGGACAAUUGUUAUAGGUGGGACCUUCACAUGGACUGGCAUUUAUGGCGUCAACCAGUCCCAAGUACAGAGAUACAUUGCAUGCAAAAGCAGGUUCCACGCAAAAAUGUCCCUCUACAUCAACCUGGUGGGCCUCUGGGCGAUCCUGGUCUGUGCAACGCUCUGCGGGCUGUCCCUGUACUCCAUCUACAAGGACUGCGACCCCUGGUCGGCAAAGCAGGUGUCGGCACUCGACCAGCUAAUGCCUUACCUAGUGCUGGAUAUUUUCAAGGAUUUUCCAGGAAUGCCAGGGCUUUUUGUAGCUAGUGCCUACAGUGGGACAUUAAGUACAGUGUCCUCCAGCAUCAAUGCUCUGGCUGCUGUGACUGUUGAAGACCUCAUUAGGCCAUACUUCAGAUCGCUCUCUGAAAAGAAGCUGUCAUGGAUUUCCAUGGGGAUGAGCCUUUUUUAUGGUGGAGUCUGCAUCGCUAUGGCUGCGCUGGCAUCUCUCCUGGGAGCCUUGCUGCAGGCAGCACUCAGCAUUUUUGGCAUGAUCGGUGGCCCCCUUUUAGGACUUUUUGCCUUGGGAAUCCUCUGCUCCUUUGCAAAUGGAAUUGGUGCAUUUGUGGGUCUUGUCACUGGCUUCGUCGUUUCACUUUGGGUUGGAAUUGGUUCUCAGAUUUAUCCUCCACUCCCAGAGAGGACUUUGCCACUGCCCCUCUCAACUGCAGGCUGUAAUAUAUCCAUUUCAAGCAAUCUGACUACAUCAACAGCAAAUCCAUUAACAACAAUUUUCAGCACACAAGCUCCCGAAAGGCCUGUCCUGGCAGACCGCUGGUAUUCCUUGUCCUAUCUCUACUUCAGCACACUUGGGACACUUAUCACAAUAGUUGUGGGAAUGAUUAUCAGCCUCCUAACAGGAGGACUGAAGCAGAACACAGACCGUAAAUUCCUGCUGACCAAAGAAGAUUUCCUUUCCAACUUCUCACAGUCUAAAUCGGAUACAGCAGAGAAGGUGGUAGUGUUGAGCUGGAAAACGUCUACUAAUGCAGCUGAAGGAACCGACAACCCUGCUUUCAGCCACAUCGAAAUGGACGUAGCAAGCGAUAAGAACAAAGUCAAUGGCCUCCACAUAUGA